AAGUAAAAGCCCAGGAGAGCUGCUUCAUGUCGGGGAAUGAACCAGGAAAGAGGCAGAACCGUGGACUACAUUUGGUGUACAGUAAAUGAAGCUGGUGCCUGGAGAUUUACAGUUUAUUCCCUCAGCUGUGACUCACUGUGGCGGUGUUUAACCCGCCAGACCGUCAAAGGAGGACUCGCUAAGUGUUGUUAUUUCCAGCCAAAAGAAAAACAACGCUCCCAAAUGAAGGAAACAGGAAAUGUGAAAUGUCCAUGAUUGUUGUGCUGUCGUAGCAGGCGGCGGAGUGCGCCGCCAGUUGUUGUGCUGCUCGGACGGACCUCCCCUCUUUCUGCCUGCUGCCUUCUGUAGGCUGUCCACCCGGAGGAACACCAGCCUGCCUGCCUGAGACGAGGGCGGAGCUGGCCUGGCUGUCACAAAGAUUAUGUUCCGUUUCAAAAACUAGCCACCACGCUAACCGCUGCCUCGACCUGAACGGCUCUGGGCUUUACCCGCGACGACAAAGCGACUUCUUCUUCAGCCGACUCGAGAAGCAGGAUGCCGGUGAAAGGCGGCGGAAGACUGGCCUCGUACCCGAGCAAGAGCGAAAAUGUCGGAAGCUCAGGGAUGGAAGAGAUGGUCUGGGAGCAGUACACAGUCACUCUGCACCGGGACUCUAAGAUGGGUUUUGGCAUUGCUGUGUCAGGUGGGCGUGACAACCCCAACGUGGAGAACGGUGAGACGUCAAUCAUCGUGUCAGAUGUGCUGCAGGGAGGACCGGCAGAUGGAUUACUCUUUGAGAACGAUCGUGUCAUUCAGGUCAACUCCAUCCCCAUGGACAACGUGCCUCAUUCCUUUGCUGUGCAGUCCCUCCGUAAAUGUGGAAAAGUGGCCAAAAUAACGGUGAAGAGACCUCGUAAGGUCCACUCACUUAAACAGCCCCCAUCCCCAGGCGCAGACAGUCAGGAUUACGCCCCCUCCACCCACUACUACGACGCUGACAAUGACAACGGCUGGUACCCUAACGAAAGCCGGGACCACACCUCUGACAGCAAAGCAUACCUAGACCCCGAGUACAGGUCGGGGCGAGACUACAACCAGAGAGGAAGAAGCCGGGGAAGGAGCCAGGAGAGGUCCUCGCCCAGCCCGGAAAGAUCCAGGAGGGAGGGUAGCCGGGGACGAGCCUUGGACACCAGUGCUGACCGUCAGAGGUACCACAGCCGAGGACGUAGCCCCGGGGACAGCUACCGCACGGAGGACAAGUACGAGCGAGGAGAAGGAGGAGGAGGAAGAGGAGGGAGGUACAGGAGCAGGGACCAGCUUAAUGACAACUCUCCAUCCCCAGAACCUUCCAGAGAGCUGGAGCCACUGGAGAAACCUGUCAACGUCCUGCUGGUGAAGAACAGACCCAAUGAAGAGUAUGGUCUACGUCUGGGGAGUCAGAUCUUCAUCAAACAGAUGACCAGUACAGGCCUGGCUGCCAAGGACGGGAACCUGCAGGAGGGAGACAUCAUCCUCAAGAUCAAUGGGACAGUGACAGAGAACCUCUCUCUGCAUGAUGCUGGAAAGCUGAUUGAAAAGUCGAGAGGGAAGCUCCAGCUGGUGGUCCAGAGAGACCGUCGCCAGAUCCUCGUCCGCAUCCCCCCCCUCGCAGACUCUGACUCUGACAAUGAUGACAUAUCAGAGAUGGAGUCAUACCAUUCCUAUUCUCCCCCAGAGGAGAGGAGGUCCCGCCAGUCUGACCUGUCCUCCCACUCUUCUAAUGAAAGAGACAACCCCAGGGAAGAACCCAUGAGGACCCCCAAGAUGUCAGCAAUGGCCUCCCCCUUCAGAAUACCGGAAGACCCCCAGGCCUCAGCUGGGCAAGACAAAGGCACACCGCACAUUGAGGAGCCUCCAGUUGCUGCAACAGCUACACCCAAGAUUCUUCUACGGCCAAGUCCAGAAGAUGAAAAAAUAUACGGGCCAAACACAGUGAUGGUGAAUUUCCAGAAGGGAGACAGUGUCGGCCUGAGGCUGGCAGGAGGAAAUGAUGUUGGCAUCUUUAUUGCUAGUGUUCAAGAGGGCAGUCCUGCUGAGGAAGAGGGUCUGCGCGUCGGAGACCAAAUCCUAAAGGUGAACAAUGUUGAUUUUCAAGGUGUAGUGAGAGAAGAAGCAGUGCUCUUCCUGUUGGAGAUUCCUAAAGGGGAAGUGGUCACCAUCCUCGCCCAGAGCAAACCUGACGUCUAUAAUGAUAUCUUGGUAUCGGGGCGUGGAGACUCUUUCUUCAUCCGGACACACUUUGAGUAUGAGAAGGAGACUCCUCAGAGCCUGGCAUUCAGCCGUGGGGACAUCUUCAAGGUGGUGGACACCCUGUAUGACGGCAAGCUCGGCAACUGGCUGGCAAUACGUGUUGGCAAGGAAAAGCAGCUGCUGGAGAAGGGCAUCAUCCCCAACAAGAGCAGAGCGGAGCAGAUGGCCAGCGUCCAGAGCUCCCAUAAAGUGGUUGCGGGCGAUCGAGCCGACUUCUGGCGGUUGCGAGGCCAACGUUCUCUGAAGAGGAAGGACCUGAGGAAGAGCAGAGAAAACCUGAGCAGUCAGACCCUGGCCACCCGCUUCCCAGCGUACGAACGAGUGGUGCUCCGGGAAGCUGGUUUCCGGCGUCCUGUUGUGCUGUUCGGCGCCAUCGCUGAUGCUGCUAACGAGAAACUGGCCUCUGAGAUGCCCGACCUGUUUGUUAUUGCCAAAACCGAGCCGAAAGAUGCCGGCUCUGAGAAGUCCUCAGGAGUGGUUCGAUUGAACACCAUCCGACAAAUCAUCGAGCAGGACAAGCACGCCCUGCUGGAUGUGACGCCCAAGGCAGUGGACACCCUGAACUACACCCAGUGGUACCCCAUUGUCAUCUUCUUCAACCCAGACAGCAAGCACGGCAUCAAGGCCAUGAGGCAGAGGAUCGCCCCCAACUCCAACCGCAGCGCCCGCAAACUCUACGAACAGGCCGUCAAACUGAGGAAGACCUGCUCUCACUUAUUCACUGCCACCAUUGAUCUGAACUCAGCCAACGACGCCUGGUACGGCAGCGUCAAAGACUCCAUCAGAGAGCAGCAGAUGCAGGCUGUCUGGGUUUCUGACGGCAAGCUGGAGGGAGUAGAGAGUGAUGGACUGGACUGCCAGGACGUGGAGCGCCUGUCCUUCCUGUCCGCCGACUACCUCAGCAUGGACAGCCGACUGACGUCUGACCUGGACGACACCGCAGACGAGGCCGGGGCAUACACCGACAACGAGCCCGAUGCAGAGAUGAUGCACAUCUCCGCCAUCAGCCGCUCAUCUGAACCUGUCACGGCUGAGGAGAUCUUGCGCAGGUACAGUCCAGACAUCAGGAGUCGCAUGAGGAAAAUCAGCAGCCGGGAAGUCCUCAACAGGUCCAGCCCUCCACCUGUCUUCUUAUCAGACAAGCUCUUUCCCACCAUCCAAAGGAACAAUAUGCCCUUCUUGCUGAGGAACGGCCUGAUACGGAGAAAACAAUCUCACUGCAGUUCAGAUUCCUCCAACAGCAGCUCAAUGGACCACAUGGGUACCCAGAAUCCCCCUCAAUUGCUGGUGAAACUGUCUCUGAGGGACGAUCCGGUCCUCAUAUCAGGCUCCAACAACCCACACCAUCACCACCGUCAACACCACCCUCCACCCCCCAGCUCCAGCCGAAGUUACGAUUCUCCCUCCAGCAGCAGCCCCGCCAGCAGCAACAACGACCCUCCACCACCCAUCUCUCGUUCAGCUGCCUCCUCCGGCCCGCUGCCUCCACAUCCGGCUCUCCACUUCAACUCCUGCGGAAAACUGCGGCCCCUGGGAGUGCCCCAGCCUCCACCUGCGCCCAAGCUUAGCCUCUGUGGGAGCACGGCAGAGCCUGCAGUUCACUCACCUGUCGCUCUGCAAAGUGCGACCGUGUUGGCCUGUAGGCAGCAGCAGGGGGCAGUGGAGGACAGCCCUGUAGAGGAUCCUUCAAUGAAGUCCUUCCUGGGGAAGAUCAAGGCCUUCGAGAAGAUGGAUCACUUCGCCCGAGCCCAAAGGAUUCUGGAAGUGCAGGAAGCACAGAAUGCCAGGUUGGAAAUUUCUCAGAAGCACCCAGACAUCUAUGCUGUUCCCCUGAAGACAGCCAAGCUGGAUCACAGUCGCCCACAGCCUAUCGGCUCCAGUUCCUGUCCUGAACGCCAGACUCCUCCGUCCUCCAAGGAGGGAGGACAUUUCUACUCCAGCGAAGAGGGUGCAGGGGAAGAGGCAGUGCCAGGAUACUACACCGCCAACUCCUACCAGUACCAGGACACUGAACUGUAGGGCCAGCACACAGCAGUUGUGCCGUCCGUCACCUUCCUGGACAUACAUGUACACAUGCACUGCACAUGCAGUUUAUUUACACACUUACCAUUCCAUCAUGUCCUGCACAAGUAAGCUGCUGACUUUGAACUGACUCUUGCUUCUUUAAUACCGAGGGGGAAAAAAACUGCCUUUUUUUUGCUUCAAGGAAGUUAAAGCAAUCUGUACUAUCCUUUUGGAUAGGAACACACUGUCUUCACUUUACUUUUUAUGUUGUAUUUGAUUGUUUCUUUGUUACGUACCACUUUUAAUGGUCAAAACUGAGUGACUAGGAACCACUUGUUUUCUUGCCUAUGCAACUCUUCAGUUUGUGCACAGCAACUGAAACCUAUUGCCACGAGUUUUGCCCUCACAGAAACCUCAACAAACCCAAAAACCCAAAUUGCGCUUUAACACAUCCAUCCCCUGCUUUUUUAAGCUCCUAUUAUUGCCAGCUAUGAUCAACAAAGGUUACGUUUAUAUUAUUACAUACAGCAUAUAUAUACGUAUAUAUAAAUCUAUAUAUAUAUAUCUAAAGUCAAGUGUUUAUACUCUGUCUUUGCAUUCCUUCGUAUAUGACAAUGCCUGUGUAUACAUACAGUAUAUAUCUAUAUAUAUUCUAUCUAGUAACUCUGGAAUUUGUUACAAUUUUUUGAAGUGCCUUUUACUUUCUUAGUUCCAUGAGGUUCGGGUUGUCUUUCCUCCGCCCCUCAGCCACCCAGCCGUACUAAAACCUCUGCUGCUGUCAAGCUUAAAGGGAAACCAGGGAACCAGUGACACCAAAACCUUAAUGCUGUCCCCACACACUGUACUGUCUGUUGUCACCUUCAGUGACAAAACACACCCACAAAGUACAGUACACACCCUGCACCUCCAGUCCCAUCUGCCAUGUGUAAGAACGAGUAAACACUGUCUGAUCUGGGAUAAUUAGACUUGGUCACAGCUGUAAAGGCCCGGUCACUCCAGCAUUAAAACAGCAACAUUUGGUGGAAGAAUCCAUUGAUUUCAGUAGAAUAUACACAAUUGAUGGACUAGUUCUAGUAGUAAAUUUGAACACCAAGUUGGAUUUUGGUGAAUUUUACAGCUUAAGCUUAGGUCUGUGGUCUUGACAGUGCUGUUCUUUGAAGGAACAAAGAGCCGGAGAGUUAACAAACAGGAAGCUAUCAUUGCUCAUUAGCUCCUCUGGGAUUGUAUAAACUGCUCCACAAAAGAGGCGUGGAGUUUAAACAAUUAUGAGACAAAUGUUGAAAUAAUGCCCCUUAGCGUCCACGCUAAUUAGCUUGCUAAACUGAGUUAGCAAGUUAAAUAGUUAGCUCAGGAGAGCUAUUGUGGUGUGGUUUAGCUCUAGAUAGUUUCUCCUGUACACGUGGAAGGCAAGCUGUAUUCAGUUGAUUGCAAUCUGCAACUUCACCAUUAACACUAAAUCCAGUACAUUUUGCUGUGCCACUUUCUGGUGUGACUGGGCCUUAAGAUUCCCAUUUCUUAUUUUUGUCAUCUUUGGUGCUCAGCAUUCAUUGCUGUGCUGUUUUAGCACUGUACCUCCAAGCCAGAAAUGAUUUGCCAUCUUAACUGUGUGGCAAGUAGAGUGACGUCUUUAGCCCUGGAUGUUUUGUACAGUUGAAGUUUCUGCAGAUGGCGCCCUCUUCUGGCUGUUUAGCCACGGUGGCUAUCACUGCCUAAGCUAACAACCCUGUUAAACGAUAAGGUGGGUAUUAUUCUAUAUAUUUUUUUAAUGGUCAACAAAUCCAUUGUACAGAUACAAACCAACAAUGAAUUGAUCCUCUUUGCAAGUAUUAUGUGUGUUUCCAAAACCUGAUUCCUCUGUGUCAUAAAGCUCCAUUGUUGUUGUUGUAAAAACAUCAUCAAUCAAGGAAAUAUUGACAAGAACACUAGAACACAAAUCCACUAUUUCCUCCUGUUUGAGUAAUGUCUGAUAAAAUGUGUCCAGCUGCUUUAAGAAUGACUUAAUCUUUUUUUAAAUUGACUGGUCUUCAGUAUAAACCAGAAGGUUUAGAGAGACAGACUAACCCAUUGUUGGUUUUGGUCUUUAUGUGGAGUUUACUGACAGUAAGAAGAACAUAGAAUAACACCACCCUUUUCUUUUCAAGGCUGUGUCCCAUUUCAGAACCGCUUCCUAUGAAAACUGAAUAAGAGGAGCAGGAUUAGUCCUCUGGAGGUAUGGCCAGAUGAAUUUGCUAUGGGGCAUUGUGCCUAGAUUUAGACUCAGAACCCCACUUGAAGAACUCAAGACCGACCCCCCCCCCCAAUUCCAUGCUGGAACCAAAAAAAAGCAGGUUUGUCCUUGGGAACCAAAGGGUGCAUGUCAUAUUCUACAGGUCGUUGUGCAUUGUUCAGCACUCUCUGUUGAUGACGCAUCCAAUUACAAUGGUUCCACUUAAAACUGGUGGAAAUGUGGGCUGGUUCGCUAGAUAGCACCAAGGUUUCAAGAAACAACCGGCUCCAGAACCAGAACUAAUUUGGUGGAAAAGGGGCCAGAGUGGAGCAAAAUGUACAGAUUUAUACACCCAGAAGGAUCUGUGUUAGAUGAGUCUACUUCCUAAGCCACAUUUGCUAACCCACAGUGAUGGGGUCCCAGCUUUGGGUGUGUGUUCUGCCUGGGUCUUGGUGUCUGUGGUGGAGGCACUCAGCUGUCUUUGGUCUGGGCUCCACCGUCAGUGUGAAUGAAUGGUGUCACACUUGUUCAGAUAUGCUUGAUUGUAUCUCUCAGUUCAUUCUUUACCUCCACACGAGUUACAAAGUGCUUACUGUCAGAAUCCAAGUGCUUAUGAGUGGCGUCCUUCACGUGGACUGGCAUUGAACUUAUGGAGUAUACUGUACUGUGUCAUGGCAAAGGGGUUAUAUAACAAAUGAGACGGAGAGAAUGAGAAGAAUGACUGGACUGUGUCUGCUGAGUUUUUCCAUGUUUUCACCUUAAAACACCAAAUAAAACAAAAAGUCUUAACCACA